AUGUCUGUUACAGACUACAUCGCCACAGCAGGGUCAUCGUUUCCUAAAUCUGUUCCCUCGGGGACUAAGGUUUACAAGGAUGAUUGCAUGUAUUCUUUCGACACCCCAGAGAAUAAUGAGUUGGGCUUAGAUGUGUGCAUGUCUUGCUUCCAGGCAUUUGCAAGAGCUCCACAGAAGAACUAUACGCUGGAACACUACUCCGAGCAGCGUCAUCCAUUGUAUGUCAAUAUCGUGAAGAAGUUGAAACCUGAAAGCGAGAGGACCAAAAGAGAGGAGGAAGACGAGAACGGCUCUAAGACCAAGCAGCCCAAGCUCGAGGUCCAGGAACAGAAGGAGACAGACAUCUACGACAUAAUCACAAAUGUGUACGUCGCGCCUUUAGAUCAGUCUGCAAGCAUUGAGGAGUCGCCUGAGCCCGUUAGGCUGCUCGCCAACCUGAUUCUUACUGCCAACUCAGCGGAGAAGAACGACGAGAUCAAGGCUUGGGAAAACGAGGUAUAUCCAUGUGAGCACUCUAGCAACAUAGUUGCCGAGAAGAAUACAAUCGACCUCAAGAAGUGCUCCAUGUGCGAUCUCGAGGAAAACUUGUGGCUCUGCUUUACAUGUGGUGCUGUGGGUUGCGGGCGUGAACAGUUUGGAUCUGACCUCAAAGGCAACUCGCAUGCUUUGAAGCAUUAUGAGGAUACUGGGCACUCCGUCGCUGUUAAGCUCGGUUCGCUCUCGGCUGAAGAUGAGGAUAAUUGCGAUUGUUACUGCUACAAAUGUAAUGAUGAAGUGAAAGUACCACAACUAGGUGAGAAGCUUCUCAACUUUGGCAUCGACUUGGGUACUGCUGUGAAAACAGAAAAGAACUUGGUGGAGUUGAACCUUGACAGGAACAUGAACUGGCAAUUCAAUUUGGAUGGCCAAGAUGGUGAACUCCUCACUCCAGUGUAUGGCCCAGGCUUGACCGGUUUACAAAACUUGGGUAACUCCUGUUACCUCAACUCGACUCUCCAGGCACUCUUUAGCUUUCCAAGCUACCGCUCUUUUUUCGCUGACUUGGACUUUGACAAGCUGGUGAAAGAUCCUGCCACGGAUUUGAGGUCUCACAUGAUUAAGCUCUACGAUGGUCUUCAUUCUGGAAGAUACUCUAGACCAAAUGAAUUGAAGGGGGAUGACUAUCAGCUUGGCUUGAAGCCAUCGGCUUUCAAAAGCCAUAUUGGUGCAGACCACUACGAAUUCAAGACUAACAAGCAACAAGAUGCGAACGAAUUUUUACUCUACCUUCUCGAUAAGCUCGACAAAGAAUUUGGGUUGAGUUUGAAUCAACAAUUCAAGUUCUUGUUGGGGAGCAAAUUGUUGUGUACUGAGUGUAAGACAGGCACUUCAUCGGAGGAGCUUGUUGAUAACAUCUCAGUCGCCUUGAAUGCCGAGGUGGUGGGAGAGGAUGAAAAUGGUAAGAAGCAGUACAAAGAGGUGAACAUGAGUGAUUGUUUCUCCAACUCUCUCGGGUCUGAGCAAAUCGAUGGCUACCAGUGUGACAAUUGCGGAAAGAAAACUACAGCAAUUAAGCAAACAGGUUUCGCUACCUACCCGGAGAACCUCAUUGUCAAUGCCCAAAGAAUUCAGCUUGAAAACUGGGUUCCUGUUAAGGUGGACGUUCCGAUCACGUUGCCUGAGCAGAUUGACCUUUCAGCAUUCGCUGCACCAAAGUUCCAAGAUGAUGAAAAAAGAGUUGAAAAGGGUAGCGCACUGGAGGGUGGAGCCGAAUUCGCUCCAAACGAAGAAGCUUUUGCUCAGCUUUUGAGCAUGGGAUUCCCUGAUGUGAGAUGCAUCAAGGGUCUCUACAACACCGGCAACAAGAAUGCCGAGGACGCCAUGAACUGGAUCUUCGCUCACAUGGAGGACGCAGAUAUAGAUGCCCCAUUUAAUCCCGCAGAGACAGCACAGACAAAUACUGCGGGGUCCGGCGAACCUGAUCUGGACGCUAUUGAUAAUCUUGUGGCCAUGGGAUUCACUGCCCAGCUUGCCAAGAAGGCCCUUGUCGUGAAUGGAAAUGACGUAAAUGUUGCAGUGGAAUGGCUUUUCAACAAUCCGGACGAUAACGGAAUUAUUGAGGACACCAAGCCCGUUGUUAAUGUGCAAAAAGAGGCAGAGGAGUUGAAGGAUGCAUUACUCAAGAACGUGGACGAGCCUCAUGCGGCAUCCUAUGAAUUGAAGGCUGUCAUAUGCCACAAGGGUAAUUCGCCUCACACAGGGCACUACGUCGUAUUCGUCAAGCAUGACGGAGACUGGAUAUUGUUCAACGACGAGAAGGUGGUAAAAUGUCAGAGCACUAAUUUGGCUGACAUGGUUAAUUGUGGUUAUGUGUAUUUCUUCGCUAAGGCAUGA